AUGGUUGCACCAACCCGUUUCCGCACUGCUAAAUGGUUGCAUAAGGCCGGCUUUGCUCCACAGGUGUUCUUGUUCAGAAACCUUGAAAGUGGCCAAGUCAUAUAUUCUCAACUGCCAGUAUUCACACAUCACCAAAUUGAUUCAUUGUUCAAACGCCCAGACUGGGCCAACAAGAAACCCUCCACAAGACGAGACAUUUGGAGAUGCAUGGCAGUAGUAGACCUGCCUAAUUACGAACAGGGCGUGCAAACCUAUCAAAAUCUGUGCCGUCUUCGGUAUCUAAGAGACGUCGCUGAGGUCAAGAAGGCAGACUCGCUACGCAAGAAAAACGAGUUUGGCCACGUAUGGUACAGUGCACAGUUCCGCCCCACAUAUACACAAGAAGCCGUUGCGGACCUCAAGGAAGCUUUGCUCAAAGCCCAGGUUGGGUCUGCUCAAAUCCACUGGGAAGACCAAUGGAGAAUGGGCGAUCUAGAAAAGCAUUGGACCCCCAUCCUGCCGCAACUAAAGCACUCUGUUCUCUCCCGGAUUGGAAAUUCCGCGAGAGAGGAAUCUGCCAUUUUACGCGAGCUAGGAGACCGUGCCAAGCUCGAGUUCGUCAAGCUUUCCAAUCAAGAGACGGCCGCCAGCGAGUUGUCCGUCUAG